AUGUCCGCGUGGGAGUUCUUCUUCGGCUUCACCGCGGCAACCAAGGCUAAAUUCCCAUUCCUUUUCAGAGAGGAUGAUAUCGAUCGACAUAAAUGCAGCCGUGUAGUGUCGAUGCGAGUGCUCAGCUUGGGCAUGAGCCGCACGGGGACUGCUUCGAUGCAAAAGGCUUUGACGAUUCUGGGCUUUCCGACAUCGCAUGGAUUCGAUAUGCACGAAAAUCCACGAGACUGCGACAUGUGGAUGGAGGCUUACAAUGCCAAGUACUUCGGCGACAGGUCCAUCAAGCUCGAUGGUGUCUUCUGGGACAAGUUGCUCGGCCACGUAUCAGGCGUGACUGACACGCCAGCCAACUGCUUCGGGCCAGAACUGAUUGCUGCGUAUCCGAAUGCGAAAGUCGUCCUCAUUGAGCGGGACUUUGACAAGUGGUUCCCUUCUUUUGAGCAAGCUGUCAUCGCCGGGACAGAUUCUCCAGCCGGCUUCAAGGUCAUGCAGGCGGUGGAGAAGAAGUACGAGAAAGUCAUACCCGUAGUUUGGCGUGGCGUUAUGCAAGGCCAGUUUCAUGCCAGCAAUUCGAAAGAAUUCCGGGAGAAUGCCAAGGAGGUUUAUGGGAGGCAUUAUGCGGAGAUUCGGGAGGUGCUCAAAGACCAGCCUGAGAGGCUACUGGAGUUCCAGCUUGAUCAAGGGUGGGAGCCAUUGUGUGCGUUCUUGGGAAAGCCGGUGCCGGAUGUACCAUUUCCGAAGGUCAACGAAGGUGCAGAGCAUGACGAGAUGCUGAAGGUCGUUUACACCAAGUUCCUGCGGGAUGCGUUGGGGCUGCUUCUGAGGUGGACGAGUCCCAUUGUGGUGGCCUCGUUGGCGUGGAGGCUGUGGAAGGCUUUGUGA